AUGAUGAGAAGAAAUAAAGCACAGGUAUGAUGCAUUUCAGAGGCAAACAAAGCAUUGUUCACUAAUUUCAACAUCUACUAACUUGAUUUUCAGCAAGAAACAAAAAAAAACAGAAAUCGCGCAAAGAAAAGAGAAAAAUCGUUGAAAAGGCCCCGAACUUUCUCUGCGUAGCUGCCCCUUUUUUGAAAAUGUGUUAUAGGGGCGGGGUGCGACGAACUGGCUGUUUGCCAAUCAUGUGUGUUCCUUUAACGCAGUGUUUUUGUCUCUUCUUUCAACACACUCUCUCACUUCAUUUUUCCUUCUUUUCUCUAAGGUUUCUUUAAACGAAAUGCUAUUUCUCAAUUUCUAUUUUCUUUUUCCGAAAAAAAGUCGAUAGUGAAUCAGUUCUCGUGGUUGCUGAAUAUGCUUCAUCAUAUGAAAAUUUCGAAACCACGUACAUUUCCAUACAUUUUCCAAUUAAUUUUCACACCCUAUAGAGUUUUGGCUGAUUUGCCUAAUGUUUCGAGGCAAAAAUGCUAUUUUUGAUCUAACAGGCACGAAUGUCAUUAAAAAAUCACAUGAAGCAUAUUUCUAGGCUACACACCCGUUCAAGCCACGCAAUGAGUGUUUUCUACUGUAAAACAAAACAAAAAACUGUGCAAACACUUUUGUCUAAUUCUCUCUGUUCGCCGUUAUAUUUCGCACUACAGUAUUAAAGGAACAUGAUAAAUUUCAUGCGUUGGGUCUUGUCGCGAUUGCUAACUUUCUUCGCAGGACCCUAAAAAUUUCGAAAUGCGUAGUCUCACACAGAUCUCGAUGCGCUGAUUCUAAUGGUAUAUUUAGUUUUGCCACUUAGUUAGCUAAUUCCUUUGCAAAUUGUGGCGCAGUGUGAAUAAAAGAAAUUUCUAAUUUUUUCAUUGUUUGAACGGGUGUGGCUAUAAUUUUCAUUUUCUUUAUUUUUAUACCUGUAUUUUCGAGAUUUUGUUCUCAAUUUCCCAAUUCUUUCCAGUUUUUGUCUAAAAAUUUAGUUUUUUUUGUUAAUAUUUUGAAAUUUAUCCCACUGUUAUGACUCAUCGAUUUCGCAACAUAUAUAUCAUUGGCAUUAAAAACCCUUCGCCGUUUCAAAAUGUUUUACAAAGCACUUAAUUCAUACAUUACAUUUUUCAGCACAAGAUGAGUUUGUUCGGUAAAAUUUUCGGUGGCAAAAAACAAGAACCACCAACAAAUCCACAAGAUGCUAUUCAAAAGCUGCGGGAAACAGAAGAGAUGCUGAUGAAGAAACAAGACUUUUUGGAGAAAAAAGUAACCGAUGUAAGUUUUCAAAGAUUUCACAAAAUUACAUGAAAAAAUGAUAACAUUGCAGGAAAAAGCAAAUGCGGUGAAAUAUGGAACCAAAAACAAGCGUCUCGCACUUCAAGCUUUGAAUCGAAAACGUCAGUUUGAGAAGCAAUUAAACCACAUCGAUGGAGUUCUAAACACAAUCGAAUUCCAAAGAGAAGCUCUCGAAAAUGCAUCUACUAACGCAGAAGUUUUGAAUGUCAUGGGUCAAGCAAGCAAAGCUUUGAAAACCGCUCACAACAAUAUGGAUAUCGAUCAGGUUGGUAUUUUUCUUGCGAUAUUAUAGAUAAACUGGAUGUAAAUAUAAUUUUUCUAGGUACAUGAUUUGAUGGAAGAUAUUGCUGAGCAACAAGAAGUUGCUAAUGAAAUCGCAGAAGCAAUUUCAAAUCCAGUCGGAUUCAAUACGGGUAUCGAUGAAGACGAUUUGAUGAGAGAAUUGGAAGAAUUGGAGCAAGAAGAACUCGACAAACAACUUCUUGAUGCAAAUCCUGCUCCAGUAUCUCUUCCUGAUGCUCCACGUGUUGCACUUCCAUCUGUUCCAUCUCGCCCAGCCAAAGUCGCUGCAACUGCUGACAAAGAUUUAGAAGACCUCGAAAGUUGGGCCAAUGCUUAA